UUUAUAAUCUACGCAUCGAGCUUUCUGUUCGGGCCGAUGCACAGUGUGUCGUUGAGCCUAGCUAGCUGGACAAAAGUCAUGUUCAAAACUAAAAGAAUUAUUAUUUGAAUAUUGUAAAGAAUACAUCAAAACAUCCUAUUCUAAUAUUUAUUUGUGUCUAACACAUCCACCGUGUGAGUAAUAACGUCCAAAAGUAAGUAUUUUGAUUGUAAUAGAAUAAAUCAGUUGAAUUCCGGACAUCAUUUAAAUCGCACGAAAAUAACGUUUCCCCUAAUUUAUAAAGAUUAAUUGUUGAAUAUGGAUAAUACUUAUAUUGAGCACUGUCUUCCGAGGAGGGAAUUUUUUGAAGAAUGGGUAAAAUGCUCAACAAAAGGAGAAAAAAAUUGUUUUCUAUUUGAGUUCCUUUCUACAAAAUUUAAUUUUAGAGACCUAACAGAGGACUCUGACAGGAAAAUCAGAAUGAGGAUAGCAAAUUAUGCCUCCAAAAUUUCUGAUAAAUGGGUUGCUGCGGGAAGAUCAAAACAGCGUUUUUUGGCAACUAAUGAAAGUUGGUUGAAUGAGCACAUCAAAUUUGAAGCUCAAUGUACUGUGCCGCGAUCGUCCAUAUUAUUUCAAGGUUCCGGUAAUAUAGGAAGACCACGGAAAAAUUUUGACGAGGCGUCGUUUAAAACAAAAAAACGUAUAGUUGAGGACCUCGUUGAAUCACGCAGUGUGGGGGAGUUGGUAACUGCUUCAGAAGUAGCAGCUCGUGCAGUAGGGAAAAGAAACGUUGUUAAUUCAAUUAGGAGCGUAAGUGAAUGCUCAGUAGGUGCUACAUCUUCUAAUUAUAAAAAAUCGAAUAGCUUGCAGGAUGGUAGGCAAUUAAGUGGAGAUGAAGCAUUAGCCUAUUAAAUAGACUACAAAUCUACAAAGCAUUCAUACAAGCAGACUAGGACGUGUCUACCAUAAAAUAUGCAUUAAAUAUAGAAAAUCUUUUAAUUUUUUUAUUUAUUCCCCCGAUGAACGCCUCUGAUUUAGUCUUUGACUAAUAAAAAUGAUUUAUUUUAUUAUCAAAUUACUUAACUGGUCGAUACAAAUGUAAAUAGGAUGAAAAAUAAUUUUGUCCACCUCGCCAGAGG